AUGAAGGGAAGAAAUCAGGAUGCCGAGUCGGGCAAGCUGCUUCAGCAGAUCGUGCGACAAUUUAUUAGCGAAAGCGUUCGUAGGCCCCACGAUGCCGCAGCCGACGCGUUUGGAAAGCAUCUGGCGGAAUUUUACACCACUUCCGGGCAGAUUGCUUUGUCGUCGGAAACCGUCUGGCGAGCGCUUUGUCAGAAAAACUUGCAUUGUUCGAUCCCAACAGCCUUUUUUCAGUACUUGACUGAGCGCAUUCUACAAGUAGAACCUGACACGGACCCUGGGAGAGAAGCCAUGUCUUUCUCAUUCCUAUCCUCUUGGACGCUGCACAUUGAAGAAGUCGUUCGAGAACAGGAAAGAGGCUAUACAGCAUUGUCUGAAUGUUUAAAGUCAUAUGCCACCGCGCUGGUAUAUCGAUCGGAAGACUUCCCGGAUUCCGCCAUUCUCGAUUCUUACCGCCGACUUCGACUAGUUUCGUCUCGCUCCUGUCUUAUCGAUGAAACUGUUGGGCACGUAAUGGCUGAACCUCAGCGAUUCGUCAUCAUGUCUUCCCUAUUGGCUGAGAUUUGCUUGGAUUUUCAGUCACCCAUGACCGAGAAAGUCUUGUUCACGCAACGACUAGGGCGAUUGGCAUGGGCAACCCUAGAUACGUCAUCCGAAAUCACCGCCUGCAUGAUUGUCUGGAUGAUGACAUCAUUGAAUCUGCUCAUUCUCGGCGUUGCGAAUCUAUCCUCGAGGGAGGAGCAGAUUGCCCAAUUGAAUUUAGCCCAAUCGUGGAUAUUGGAACUGCUUGCGGUAGCUCAGGAGGUAUGGUGCCAGACAGAGAAACCGUCGGUGCACGUAAGACUGCGAAAAUGGUUGUACGAUCUGGUAAGCAACGUGCUACUCCGGCUAGCUAACCAAGUUCCCCAGUAUGCACCGCAUUUCUCGCCAAUUGUCGGUGCUUUGCAUCCGCUCCUGGAGGAGGCUGGUUUGGUGGCCGACAUGGUGAUGACCUUUCGAUUGUGUGUUUUGACCCUGCUGACGUCCGGCACCGAGAGCCAAGCAUUGAUCCGAAUGUUGGCAAGCCUCCGAUACGAAGACCAGUAUAGUAGGUCGAUUCUUCAGGUCCUGACAUCAAGCCAUUUUGACGAAGAUGGCAGACAAAGCCUUGCGCAGCAUCUUCAUCAUUCGUAUGGUUCACUUGCUGGUAUCUCGCAUGAAGAGGACCCAAAGUUUCAUCUUUUGCGCCUUCUAAAUGAUCCCAGCGGCGCUUUCUUCAGUAAUAUUGUUUUGAGGUGUGAUUUCUCGGCGAAAAGUCUGUCACCCGCUCAGCAGCUAGCUGUAUUGCUUUUUGGUGCUGCAAUGUUGGCUGACGAAGACAGAUGCGGAAUGGCUUUAACCUAUUUGACCGAGCUGGUUGCAUCGUAUCCACAUUUGGGUAUUCAGCUUGUCCCCGUCAUUGUUUCCCACAUCAAUGAAUCAUGCCUGAAAAGAGACUUCAAGCAAGCCACACGCAACUUAGAGUUCCUUUGUAGUGCUCUGGUGAGUGAUCCGCAUUGCGCACACCAUGUAUGGAACCUGGUAGGAAUUGAACUGAUGAAAAAAGAUUCGGCCCUGAGCCUCAGGAUCGCAGCGGUGCGCCUGUUCCCAAGAUUAUGCCGGUCAAACAAUCGCUUAUAUCGGCGCAUAAUUGACACUUUCGGCGCCUGCCUUGUCAACGAACCUAUUGAGCUUCGAUUGGCGGUAUCGGCUAGUAUCUGUGACUUAGCGAAAGAUGAUUUACUUCGUGACGUUUCUGACGUCAUUGGAUGGAUUCAACAGUUUUUAACAGAAGAUAUGACAUCACCAAUACGUUGUUUGCAGGUCCAUUAUGCCCUUUUGAGCCUUCACUAUUUGGUCAUUUCGGACGAGCUAGACUUUGAUGUUGUCAUUAAAGUUAUCAACAAGCGCCUGUGCUCUGUUCAUGACUACGAAGCAGUUUUGCAGCUUCCGUUGAUUGUAUUAGAGGCGUUGGUUCUCUUGCUUGGAGACGGUUCUUCCUCUAGUCCAAGCGACAAAGGCAGUAUCGAUGGAAACGAAUCGGCGACCGCAGCAGAGGUUUCUUUGCAGGUUUCGCUUGCCAUCGAUCUGCUUCUUCACAUCGGAAAAUCGCUGGAAGACGGUCAAGCGCAGCGCAGACCAUUUGAUGUAAACCGAAGCUCCACAGAGAACCAGCAAAGAUGUAGAAUCCGACUAGGCGUUUUAAAAGGGCUAUCUGCAUAUCCACUGUACUUCCUUGGAUUAGACGACUCGGGAAUGAAAUCCUUCCUAGAAUCAAAAGAGGACCCGAAAGGUAGGUCGUCAAUCCUUCAGUCAGGUUUCCGAUACAAAUUACUGGUUGAUAUUGUCAUCGGAGGAGUUGCGGAUACUUCACUUGAGAAGCAGUGUCAAGGACCGAAUCCAGCUGUAUGCCUUGCGAGAAAAAUUGUUAAUUUCGAAGAUAAUACACUGGGUUCGGCGCUGUGGCUUAAGGAAGGUCGUCGUAGUUCCAAAGUGACCAAACGACAUUCAAAAACCCUUUUUGCUAUCUUACCAACGUCGGAGUCAAUGGAUACUCUUCUCAGUGGAAACACUUCGGGGGCUGCCGUAGCUAUAUCCAGACUGAUAUGCGCUGACGGCUCGCAGCUGUCAAUCUUGAGGGAUAACGCUGACGCAUGCAUUGAGGGAUCUGAUCCUCUCUUUUUAAGCUUAGCUCUUCAAGGUUAUCUUCAUGUUGCAGCUACGCUCGUUUCAUUUCGGAGACCGGAGAUUGGCGACAUACUUGAAGAAAUUGGUAGCUGGUAUGAAGCGUUUGUAUCUCCCGAUGCUAUGUACCUCUCGCUAGCUGCGCUGUCGGUUUAUAUUCUAGCUGAUAUGCACGAGCAAUCAUCAAAGAGCAUACCGUAUGCUGAAGAAAUCUAUGAUUUAGUUUUGAAAGCAUUCAAAGAGAAACGAUUCCAUAAGGACAGCAUAUCAAAACUAGCGGUCAGCCUCAUCGGAGUGAAUUGCAUUCGAAGAGGAUCGUCCGAAUCACUUGACCAAGUGAUACUGGUACUUGAGCAUUCCAUACGAGGCUAUGGUGGACAGCAAGACUUCGGUGCAUACUACGGCCUAGCACUGAUUUCUCAGGCGCUAUCGACCUUUACGACCCCGAUUCAACUCGACGGUGUUCGUUCUCGGAUUUGCAGGACAGUCGGCUUUUUGAUGGAAGACUUGCUGGCAUGCUUCGAUGACGCCCAUGCAUUUUUCCGUGAUAUAGUUGCCUGCAUAAAGAGUGGGUCUUAUACCACUGAUCUGCUUGAUACAAUCCUCGAUGUAGACCGAAAUUCAAUAUCAGUACUCAUGACGAAGCAUGUGGUGGCAAGAUACUUGUUUUUUAGUUUGGCACAUUGUCUACCGGCUUUGAAACUUAUUGAUGGAAAGAUUUUUAUAGUUGUUCUGCAUGCAAUAGAAACUUUGGAAAGGGGAGGUGGAAAAGGGAUUGUCCUUCCAGCUAUUGCUCAAAGCUGCCAAGCAACAGAUUUGCUUGAACUGGACAAGCUAAAACCGCUUUCUACCCAAAAGACUGCUGCGUUCGAUAGCCGUAUGAGCAGCGACGCGGCCGACAUUGCGAGUGACGGCUUAGGCGACAUAUUUUACGCCGUAAAUGGGAAAUCCAAUAGACCGACCCUACACGUUGUUAGACAGCUACUUGCUGGCAAUAUCGAGCUUUUUGACGACAAUGCUUGUGUCCUGUCAUUGAUCGCCGUUGUGUCAAAAGUCUGUCUACUUCCAUUUCUCGGAACUUCUCCUUUUGUCCUUUCUCCUAAGCUUCGAGAAAAUGUGUCGCAAAGUGACUUAGAGAGCAUCGUGGAUCUUGUCUCCCAGGCAGCUCAGUCAGAAAGUGACUCCAAGUCCUCACGUAUGGCGCUUGUCAUGAUGAGCAUUCUCUCGUGCUUGAUGAAUGCUGAUGAAUUGUCCGCUGCGACAGCGCUUUCGCAAAAGAGCGAAGAGACGCAGGCUCAGAUGCCACCGACGAGAUCCUCAAAACAAGGCCUGGCGAUCAAUUUUUCGAAGUUGCCUUGUCCAAAAUCAGGCACAGCUUUGGAUGGCAUUAUGGAUGUGCUGGAAAAUGCCAGCAUCGAUCCUAUGAAUUCAGUCAACAGCUUUUGCGCUUCUGUGGCUGUGCUACAAAGCCUUUCCCUUCCAGAGCAGUUUGCGAAAUCAUUUAUUGAGCCGCUCUUGCAAGAAGAAAGUUGUGCUAUCAAGACCUCGUUGAUUGACCUGCUGCUUUCACAGAUACAAGGGCGAAGAAAGGUCACAUUCGACGGUCGCGAUUUCGUCACACUUGCCCUUCGCCUAUGUCUGGCACCAGAGAAGGAAAAGAAAAAUCAGUUUGGGGGAGUUCCGAGCUUCCAGAGGUUCGUUGAGGCUCUUCCGUUAUUUGCAAUGAAAUUGCCAUCAUCUUCCUUUGAAAAGGCAAUUAACGAGAUUUGGCAGCGUUGCGUUUCUGUCGAUGAAAUGAUGCCUUCUAUACUUGGAUCAUUUUUUACCGGAAUGAAAGGAAUGCUUUGCAGCACAGCCCUCUCACCCAAAGCCUUGAAUUGCAUGCGGCGCUUUGUGUUGACUAAGAUGCUUGCCCAGCUUGGCGAGAUGGACAUCGAAUCUGUCUUGGAGGUUUCCGCUCUCUCCAAUGCGCGUGUUAUCGAUGGAUACUCGUCAUGCUUGAUCAAAAUUCCUCUGCUGACGUUCGACAACAUCGGUUUUUUCGAUUAUGAUACUGCGGAUCGAGCGUUAUCCAGCUUUCAGGUACUGCGGUCGAUUGCUAUUCUGGAACUGGUAAGAAAUAAUUUUUUUGAGGAUGAUAGGCAACGGCUCGAGCUUGCCAAGAUGUCGGUGUGGAUUGCUGCAUUGCUGCCUUAUUCUCGAGAUGCGGUAGCGAAAGCAGGACUGCGUCGAAUCAUGUGCUCGUUUGCCAGUGCAUCAUCCAAAGCUAAAGCGGUGGCUAGACCUGACCCGCUGGCAGCGCUAUUUGAAAAUUUAUUGCAGAUGACGCCAGAUAGUAUCGUUCUUGGUCUAGACUGGCUCGCUGUAUCCAUGUCUAGUUGGUCCGGGGGAAAAGCUUCCGAUGGUGAAAUGACGCUAGGUUUCUUGUCCAGCACUGAUGUGCAUUCAUACAAUGCUCUACCACCGGCGGAUCUCGACCGGCUUUUCGCGGUUUUUCUCGAUGACCUUCCCUUCAAUCUAGGCUUAUUCUGUCGGCAACACAAGACUUUCGUCAUUAAAAUGGGUAAAUGUUGGCAUCGACUGUGAGACUCAAAGGGUGCUAGAGAAGGCAAUGUUGCUUUGUCGAACUGGGUUAGAAAAGGAAAACGUAAACACUAAGCUGGCAACGUCGUUUCUGUUGGCUGCAGCUUCCGCUGAUGCAAUAGCGUAAGGUAUCGCAUGACGUAAUAUGUUAUUUCUAAGAAGGCAACCCUCCUG